AUGUUCGUGAACAUGUUUUUGGUGAUCAGGUACCUCCUUAUGCAAGAUCAUUACCAGAAGCCGAGGAAAACCAUAUACUGUGCCGUGUGGGAACGAGAGGUCGUGCAGAGGUCGAAGAAACACAGAUGGUUCGUCAGAAAAACCGAGUUUCCACGAAGGUAUUAUCCACCAUACUGCUCAGGUAGCAAUAUGAUCCUGACUGCUGACUCGGUGGUACCCCUGUACACCACUGCGCUACGAACGAAAUUCCUCUGGGUUGAUGACGUAUUCUUGUCAGGCAUCGUCGCUCCCAAAUGUGGUGUUAAGUUGCACAAGAUCAAUACGAUAACGGAUUUACUGUGUAAAGACCAUGUAGUGAAGGGCACAAUGCACAAGGUCCUUUUUUGCCACGUUUCGUCUAGAAUGUACCUACUUGAAUGGUUCUGGAAGAAUCUGAUGCACAACUACUUGUUGACCAGUACAUCUUCGCAGGUAUGA